AUGGGUGUUUGGUGUAAAGAAUGGCCCAUCAGUCUGCCAGAGAAGAUUGAAGCUCUGAGUGGAUCCUGUGUGAUCAUAAACUGCAUGUUUGAUUUUGAUAACAAAUAUGACAACUAUCUCACUGACAGUGCUGUAGGAGUGUGGCUUAAAGAUGGGGAUGAGACAAACAGAGUGUUUGAGUCCAAUAGGCCUGAAAACCCAUUUAAGGGGAAAAUAACUGGAAAGUUACAAUACAAGAACUGUACUACCAUUUUUAAUGACAUUACUUCAAAUCACAAAGGCAGAUUUUACUUCAGGAUUGAGGAGUCUCCACCCAAUCCCACAGUUCAGAUGUUUAAGGAUCAGAUGGAGGUUGAGGUUCAGGAGGAGGUGUUAGAGGGGAGCUCUAUGUGUCUGCGCUGCUCUGCUAAGACUCUCUGCUCCUCUUCUCCACCAACUCUCACAUGGAGAUCCACUGACAGACUCCACCUCAAUGAGAGCAGCAGACUACAGCUGGAUCAACAGAAUCAAACUGAGAUCAUCUCUGAUCUGAACUUCACUGCUACUCACCUUCAACAUGAAGUCACUUUCAUCUGCACUAUAACCUACCAGCUACAGCAGAGGAUCACAACAGCACACAGCAACAUCACAUUACGUGUUCAGUAUGCUCCUAAAAACACAUCAGUGUCUGUGUUUCCAUCUAACUCUGUACUGGAGGGCAGUUCAGUGACUUUGAUCUGCAGCAGUGAUGGAAAUCCAGCAGUGUUUAACUACACCUGGUACAGAGAGAAUGGAGGACAGAUGGAGGAACUGCAGACUGGAUAUAAUCUCACCUUCAAUGUGACUGAUCGUACACACACAGGACGCUACUACUGUCAAACCAGAAACCAACAUGGGACCCAUAACACAUCAGUGUUGCUGGACAUUCAGUAUGCUCCUAAAAACACAUCAGUGUCUGUGUUUCCAUCUAACUCUGUACUGGAGGGCAGUUUAGUGACUUUGAUCUGCAGCAGUGAUGGAAAUCCAGCAGUGUUCACCUGGUAUAGAGAGAAUGGAGGACAGCUGGAGGAGCUGCAGACUGGAUCUAAUCUCACCUUCAAUGUGACUGAUCGUACACACACAGGACGCUACUACUGUAAAGCCAGAAACCAACAUGGCACCCAAAACACAUCAGUGUUGCUGGACAUUCAGUAUCCUCCUGAAAACACAUCAGUGUCUGUGUUUCCAUCUAAACCUGUACUGGAGGGCAGUUCAGUGACUUUGAUCUGCAGCAGUGAUGGAAAUCCAGUAGAGUACACCUGGUAUAGAGAGAAUGGAGGACAGCUGGAGGAGCUGCAGACUGGAUAUAAUCUCACCUUCAAUGUGACUGAUCGUACACACACAGGACUCUACUACUGUCAAACCAGAAACCAACAUGGCACCCAAAACACAUCAGUGUUGCUGGACGUUCAGUAUGCUACUGAAAAAACAUCAAUGUCUGUGUUAGUUAACUCUGUACUGGAGGGCAGUUCAGUGACUUUAAACUGCAGCAGUGAAGGAAAUCCAGCAGUGUUCAACUACACCUGGUACAGAGAGAAUGGAGGACAGAUGGAGGAGCUGCAGACUGGAUAUAAUCUCACCUUCAAUGUGGCUGAUCGUACACACACAGGACGCUACUACUGUCAAGCCAAAAACCAAUAUGGCACUCAAAACACAUCAGUAUUAUUGGACAUUCAGUAUUAUCAACCGACUUUAAUUGGACUUCUGUUGACCAUCUUAACACUGAUUCUUAUCCUGUAUGCUCUGACUGUUGGAUUUGCACUUUACAGAAUUAGACAAUUGAGCAACAAGCUGAAUGUUCACAAUGAUGCAGGCACAUAUGCUUCUCUUCAGCUCACUGCUCCAGUGUCGGAAUAUGAGACUUUGAAUAUUAAGAAAGAUGACAUAUAGUAAACAACAUAAAAUUUGUCAUUUUAUCUGAUUUGUCCCUAUUGAUAUCAAUAAAUUAUUUAUUUAUAUUAAUAAUAAAUAAAUACAAAUUACUCCUACUUUACUUUUAUGCAACAAUGCAGCUUUGACGUUAGUAUUUUUAUACAGAAUUUUUUUAUCGCAGAAGUGAACAUUUUUGACGUUCACAUCUUUGGAAAUACCAGCACUCUCAAAAUGCUUAUAGAGACCACAUCUAAAAAAAAGAAACGUGAUCCUAUGAGAAUAUGGGUGGACUUACGUGUGUGAUUGUACCACAUGUACAUUUACUUAUGUUUUCAUCCACAAACGUAUAAUAUUAACAUGUUGACAGGACUAAUAUGUUAAUUACUUAUGUACAGGGUGCGAUUUGUGAA